AUGUCAGAAGAAGAGCGUAAGACCAAAGGCAAUAAAUUUUUUGUUGAAUAUUUGAAUUCGCCUGACAUAUCGGGCGAGUAUCAUAAGGCCGAUUAUAGAGUCUUUAAACUACAAAAUGGUUUAACAGCUUUGUUAAUAUCUGUAUUGGAAAAAGCAAAUUAUGACGACAUGAGUUAUAAGGAUUAUGAAGAAAGUAGUCCUACAGUUAAACGGCUUAAUGGAGAUGUACGGAAGGCAUUUUGUAGCUUAUGUGUGAAAGUAGGCAGUUUUAGCGAUCCACCAAAAGUUCCUGGCCUGGCACAUUUCCUUCAGCGCAUGGUUUUCAUGGGAUCCGAAAAAUAUCCAAAAGAAAACGGUUUUAAUGAAUUUAUCAGUCACCAUGGUGGCACUAUCGAUGGCGUAACGGAUUGUGAGCAUACAAGAUUUUACUUUGAUAUUUCAGAGAAACACUUGUUUCCAGCUCUCGACCGUUUUGUUCAAUUUUUCAUUAAACCCUUGAUGAAGAAAGAUGUCAUUAAGAGCGAGCGAGAGGCCAUACAAAGGGAGUUUCAGUGGAGUUCAUCUAGUGACAAAAAUAGAAAGGAACGAUUAUUGUCUUUUAUUGCUCAAACUGGUCUUCCACUCAGUGAGUUUCUUCGAGGUAAUUCAAUAGCUUUAAACAAUGAUAUCAAUGAUGAUGAGUUGUACGAAGAACUGCACAAUUUCAGGAAUCGUCAUUAUAGCGCUCACAGAAUGACGCUAGCUAUAAAAGCGAGAUUAUCGCUAGAUACUUUGGAAGUAUAUGUCGCAAACUUCUUUAGUGAUAUACCAAAUUACUGGCUGCAUUCCGAUGAUUUUACCGAUUUUAAAGAUGGCAUUUCAUUUAAUACUGACACUUUCAAAAAAAUAUAUUAUGUUAAAUCUUUCAGUCAAGAUAUUAGCCAACUACAUGUAACAUGGGCUUUGCCUGCAAUUGAUUCGUACCGAAGUAAACCAUACAAAUAUAUUUCAUGGAUUAUUGAACAUAAAGGAAAUGGUUCUUUAACUAGUUAUCUACGUAAAAAAAUGUGGGGCCUUGAUGUGUUUUGUGGUAACUGUGAUAACGAUAAUGAUUUUGGAUACAACUCUAUGUAUGUCUUAUUCGAGAUUAUAGUAGAACUAACUCAUAAAGGAGUACAACAACAUCAGCAAGACGUUCUAAAUGCAUUAUUUUCCUUUAUAAAUUUCGUAAAAAAGACGGGUCCACAAGAAAGUAUUUAUAAUGAGCUUUAUAAGAUUGGAAAAAAUAAUUUUAGGUUUUUUAGAUUUUUUAAACACGAUGAUGUGUUCGAUUUAUGUAAGAGUAUGCAUUUCUAUCCGUCACGUGAUUAUGUAACUGGAAAGCAUAUUUAUUUCGAGUAUGAUCCAGAAGCUAUACAAAAAUGUUUGAAUUUUUUGAUGCCAGAAACAGCGAAUAUUAUGAUUCUUACCAAUGAUUUUGAAUUAAAUAUAGUUGAACCGCAUUUUAAAAUUAAUUAUAUAGAUAUGGUGUUACCAAAGGAAUGGAUCGAACGCUGGAAAUUUAUCGAGCCAUUGUCUAAUUUUCAUUUACCAUCACGCAAUGAAUUUCUUACCAAUAAUUUCUUUUUUAUACCGGUAUCAGCAGAAGCAUCGAAAUAUCCUGUAAAAAUACACCAAGAUUGUUUGUCGGAGAUUUGGUUUUGUCCGAAGUUUCAUUGGCCGGUGUGCCAUAUAAAUCUUCAUAUUGUUUCUUCUCUGUAUCCUCGAACAGCAAAGAAUGCAGUUCUCUUACAAACGUACUGCAAUGUAAUAAAAUAUUUAUUGCUCGAAGAAUUAUAUCCGGCUGUAACAGCUGGGAUUGGUUAUGAGAUCGAUGUCAAUGAAGAAGAUACAGGUAUUACAAUACAAAUAAGCGGAUUUAACGAAAAUCUGUCAUCCUGGUUGAUGAUUAUUGCAAACUAUAUGGUGAAUCUAGUUACCGUUUCAACGAACUUAUUUAAUAUUAUAAAAAUACAACAACUGAAGACACAUUACAACAAAUUUAUAGAGCCGGAAACUUUCAUCGAGGAUGUGGAGUUAUGGUUACUGAAAUGCGGCAACUGUACACACGUUCACAAAUAUAAUGUUCUACAAAGAUGCAAUUAUUCACGAGAUUUCCGAAAUUUUGUAAAAUCUUUCACCAAUAAUCUGUAUAUUCAAUGCCUUGUGCAAGGCAAUAUAACGAAAGACUUUACGAUCGAUAUUAUACAACGAUUUAUCAAAAAAAUUGAUUGUUUUGCAUUGAAGAAAAUGAAGCCUGUUGCAAUCUCUGAAAUACACCAAUGCACAUAUUAUUUCAAGUUGAAAAAUAUUAACCGAACUGAUGUAAACUCGGUAGUGAGAAAUUAUUAUCAAGUCGGUACUGGUACGAUUGAAUUAUCGGUUUUGAUUGAGCUGUUGAUCAUGAUAAUGAAAGAAUCGUUAAUGAGUUAUUUACGAACCCAAGAGAAGCUUAGUUAUGUUUCGUGCGAUUUUAGAGAUAUCAACGGUAUAUUAGGAUAUUCUAUUACUGUUUACACUCAGGCAGAUAAAUGUACAACCGAAUACGUUGAUCAAUGGAUCGAGGAAUUUCUGAAUUCGUUUCGAGUCGUGUUGGAACAGUUCUCAGAAACGGAAUUAGAUGAUGUCAAAGAAGGGCUGAGAAUUUUAAAGCAAUAUGAUGAUACCGAUAUUUUGAAAAACCAAGUUGACAGAAACUGGAGUGAGAUCAUAAAGCAGCAAUACAUAUUUGACAGAUGUGAAAAGGAAGCGCUUGCAAUAGAGAAUAUAAAUAUCAAUAAGCUGAGAGAAUUUUUCGGAAGACACACACUGAACGGAAGUAAUUUCAGAAAAUUGAGCAUACAUGUGAUAGGAACACCGAAGGAAGUUGCAGUCAAUGCAAAGAAUCUUAAGCAUCCUGAGUUCUCUAUGAAGGAAUUUAUAAUUGACGAUUCGCAGCACGAUAGUGCUACAAAUCAUUAUAUUACUGACGUAAACUAUUACAAAAAUACUUUGCAUUACUUCAGGUUAUAA